AUGAUGAAAAAGCGCGCGGAGCGCGGCGGGGGCGUAGCAUUUGGACCCCCACUUCCGUCCAACGGGGUCUUUGCUGCCCUCCGUCCGCACGCCACCGUCACCGUCACCGGCUCGACCCGGCUCCCGCCCGGCCACCGCGCUGCCCUCAUCGCCACACUGCCCAAGCACCACGGCCUGACCGCCUUUCACUACGCUGGCGAGCACCGCCGGGUCGAGGCAGUGUCGGCGGCUCGCGCUGCAGCCUACGAUGCACUGAUGGAAAACCCGGAUGCGACGUACGAUCCUGACGUCGACUGGUGGCGAGCUCCGCCGCGGCGGAGCGUCGCUGAUGGUGCUGCACGCCAAGGCGCGCCGCAAACGCGAUCAUUGCGCCGGACGCGGCAUGGUGCGACUCGCAAUGCAAAGACUACCGCCUUUGAGCGCGCCCUAGUUGAUGCGCUGCGAGUCCAUGUCGCUGCCUCGCACAACCUUGUCCGCCUCUCGUUUGAGGGCACCAAGCUCGGGCCUGAUGCACUGGCCAAACUGGCGGCGGGCAUCACCGACAACCGUGGCUCACUCGAGAGGCUUUCGCUGGCAGCCACAGGGCUCACUGACGACGGUAUGCUCAACUGGGUGGCGCCUGCGCUCGCGCGCUCGCCCUCAAUCCGAGUCGUGGACCUCUCCGCGAACGCGCUUGGCGAGGCCGGCGCCAAGCGGCUCGGCCUCCUCCUUCACGCCCAGUCGCAGGCCCGGCAUGCCCAGGUGUGGGAAACCUCGCUUCGCGACGAGCCGGGACUGCCAAGCUCUCACGCGCCGGGAAUCCUCAGGCUCACACUUGCGUUUAACCGGGUGACCGGCGUCGGUGCUGCCGCCCUCGCCGCUGGCCUCCGCGACGACCAGUGGUUCGAGCACCUCGACCUCCGCUAUAACAGAGUGACCCAGAUCGGCGUCGACGCCUUCAACUUGGUCGUGCCGUCGACGUGCCUGGCUGACCUUGCUCUCGAUGGCAACGCACCAGACCUUGAUUGCCACACCGUCGAUGCGCUAGCGGCCACGCUUGUCGACAACGCCACACGUGCCGAAGCCCGCCUGCAGCGCGCGCUCGCUGGGCCGCCUGCAUCCAGCCGCCCGCACUUUGAUGCCUCGCCCACUCGCCAGCGUGAUCCUGUCGUCGAGGCGCUCUUCUACGAGUCCUCACCGGCACCGGCACGGUCACCGCCGACUUCGCCGCGCCGCGCCGCACGCCCUCGCUCGUCGGCCGCAGCCCGUGCCCGCGCCACUGAGGCCCGCGCCGAGCGCAAGCGGGUCAAGGCUCUCGUCACCUCGCUCCACCAGCGGCUUGACGACCAGGAUCGCGAGCGUGCCGCCGAGCGUGCUCAGCUCGAGCAGACACAGCUGUUGGUUCGGAGUCUGGCGGCAACCGGCGGCUUGCCGCGCCAUCGACCGUCUGGCCAGUCGUCGGCGUCGUCGCCAUACCUGCACUCAAUCCGCUCAUCGCUUGCUUCUGCUGAUGCAUCACUUCUCGCUAACCGCGAGCAAAUGAUGGAUCUGCUCGAGUCGACCGUCGAGGGCUUCCACACCUUCCUCGACAAUCUUGGGGCCGCACUUACCGAGGAGGCAAGCGAUGCGCCACGCGGCUAUUGAGCUCGGCUGCCAACAGCUGUGCAAAGCUGGCGACAGUCACUCCAGCUUCGACCUCACGAUCUGAUCGAGCCAUCGCUGCCUCGACCACCUCCUGCGGCAGAUCCGGAAACAGGCGGACCGUGAGCUCAAAGGCGUCUCCGCCCGAGAGAAGCAUGCUCGCGUCCAGCCCUGCAUACGCCUCACGCCACGCACUCCCGGCGGACAUUGCAUUGUAGGCACACGCCGUGAUAAACUCCAUCGACCGCCCCAGCACAUGCGUUCCAGAGUCUACGGCAUCAAAG